GGAUCAUAAAAAGAAACAGAGCACUAUGGAGAAAACAGAGGAAAGUGUCGGAAUCAGAGUUUACACGGCAACUCCGCCGCAGAAACUGUCACCGUCGAAGCCAGUUCCGAUCUCCUCACUGCCGUCGCUUACCCCCGGAGCCGGAAGAAAACGCCGGAUGGUGGCAAAGGGUGUCCAGAAAACCGUCUCGAAGACGUCGAUGCUCGUCAAUUUCCUCCCGACGGGAACGCUCCUAAUGUUCGAGAUGGUUCUGCCGUCAAUCUACCGUGACGGAGAGUGUAACGGCGUUAACACGCUCAUGAUCAAUCUCCUCUUAGUCCUCUGCGCUAUGUCUUGCUUCUUGUUCCAUUUCACGGACAGUUACAAAGCUGCCGACGGGAAGAUCUAUUACGGGUUCGUGCCUCCGAAAGGACUUGCGGUGUUCAUGAAGCCGCCACCGCCACCUCCGGAAGAGAUCGGAGGCGGCGGCGGUGGAGAUACGGCGGAGAUUCCAGUGAACGAUGAGAGGUACAAGUUGAGGGUGAACGAUAUGGUGCACGCGGUGAUGAGCGUGAUGGUGUUCAUGGCCAUUGCGUUUUCGGACAGAAGGGUAACAGGGUGUUUGUUUCCUGGGAAAGAGAAGGAAAUGGAGCAAGUUAUGGAAAGUUUCCCGUUGAUGGUCGGAAUUGUGUGCAGUGCUCUCUUCCUUGUCUUUCCGACCACUAGGUAUGGCAUUGGAUGCAUGUCCGCUUGAUUAUGCAUUCUACCAAUUUACGGAUUACGUUUAUAGUUCCUUAUAAUGAUUUUUAGAUUUUUUUUUUAUAUAGGAAUACAAUUAUUGUUAACUGGUAUAAUGUGUAUUUAUGUAUUUUGAUCUGUGACGCUAUUCCAUAUAAUAAACCAUUUCCGUUUGUGCGUU